CCGCAACUGCGGAUCGCGUGUCUGCAUCUGUGUCUUCCGAGGUUGAGCUAUCCGCGAGGGAGGAAAAGAUUCUGAAGCAUGCGAACGACAAUUUACGACCAGAGUCAAAUCGGACAGACAGCGGGGGGUUCAAGACCAAAGACGGCACGUUCUACGUGUCUAAACCUUUCACGACUCAUUCGCCCCGGAGGAAGCGGAAAGCAGUGAUCACGUUCGUCCCGCGCAAGUCAACCUUUGACACGACGAAUGAGCAGUCCGGCACGAACGAGUUUCGGGGUUUCUUCUCCCUCUUUUGGAUAUCCAUGUUCCUGUUCACAGUUCGGACAUAUGUUCGCAGCAUAGAGACCCAUGGCGCACCCCUCAACCUCAGGUUCGCAAGCAUGUUCUCCCAGGAUGCCAUCACCCUUGCAAUAAGCGAUGCCGUGCUCGUCCUGAGCACAGGGCUCUGCGUGCCUUUCGCGAAGAUGAUAGCGAAGGGGUGGAUCAACUACUACUGGACGGGGCUGGUUAUCCAGCAUGUGUGGCAGACGCUGGUGUUAGCCAUAGCCGUGAAGUGGACGUUCGAUCGGCAAUGGCCAUGGGUCCAGUCCGGAUUCUUGACUCUCCACACCUUAGUCAUGAUAAUGAAAAUGCACUCCUAUAUGACCGUGAACGGCUACCUCUCGUACCUAAGCUCGCAAUCCCAGAUCAUCCUCGACGAGCUCAAGGAAGCAACGGCACGCGUCGGGGGCUGGGACGCUGCCCUCGCGCAGGCCAAGGCCCGGCGGGAGGCCGAAGCCUCCAAGGAGGACGAGGCGACCACGGGGUCCACCACGCCCGAUCUGAGCGCCAUCCCCGCGACGCCUGACGGGGCGCAACGCGAAGUCGUCGACGCGUCUGCCGCGAACGUCCUUCGCAAGCGCCUCGUCGCGGCGCAGAAGACCGCGGAGCGCUCGGGCAUCCCCGUGUCCUCGACUGUGGAGUCGUCGACGACGCUCGCAUCUGCAGUGCCCUCGGGGAAGCCCGGCCCGCAUCCGCUUGUUGACCACCCGGACGAGGAGAUCGCGGCGCUUGCGAAGGAGUAUUCGGAGAUCCAGAGUGAACUGGUCAGCUCUGGGCCAGAGUAUGUCAAGUGGCCGGAGAAUAUCACGUUCAAGAAUUUCGCUGUGUACCAGUUGAUACCCACUUUGGUCUAUGAACUUGAGUAUCCGCGUACUGAUAGGAUCCGACCGCUGUACGUCUUUGAGAAGACCGUAGCCACGUUCGGCACAUUUGCGCUAUUGUAUACCAUCACGGAAACGUUCAUCCUACCAAUGACCCCUCGCGCUUCGGGCCAAUCGUUUGCGCGCUCGUUACUGGAUUUGGCCCUGCCUUUCAUGAUUGCUUACCUCUUACUAUUCUACAUUAUCUUUGAAUGCAUAUGCAACGGAUUUGCUGAACUGAGCUACUUUGCCGAUCGUCAAUUUUACGAAGACUGGUGGAACUCCACAUCAUGGGACGAGUUCUCUCGCAAAUGGAACAAACCAGUGCAUACCUUCCUCCUGCGCCACGUCUAUGCAGAGUCCUCGUACAGGGUGUCAAGGUCCAGCGCCAUGUUUAUCACUUUCCUCCUAAGUGCUGCCGUCCACGAGAUGGUCAUGGCGAUCGUCACGCAAAAGAUCAGAAUGUACCUAUUUUUCCUUCAGCUUAUUCAGAUCCCGUUGAUAUACCUCGGCCGGCUGCCUGCCAUCAAGCGAAACAAGCUCCUCGGGAAUGUCGUGUUCUGGUUGGGUCUGUAUGCCGGUUUCCCGCUGCUUUGUGUCGGGUAUCUGGCGUACUAGUCUGAGGAUGCAUUGGUGACGUUGUUGCUAGUAUCAUAAUGUCCAUAUUAAUUCUCCCCUGCGUAAUCGAGUGGUUUAGGUUGGAUCGCGCGUAAGGGGAGGCUCCCUC